AUGCCGAAGCGCAAAGCGUCCGCGGCGGAGUCCGCGGCGGCGGCGCCUCCCGCGCCUCCCCCCGAUACCGACGACGACGGCGGCGACGUCGCGUCGUGGGGCCAUCGCGAAUGCGUCGCGUGGCUCUCGACGCUCCCAGAUGAGCUCGGCGUGAACGUGAAAGGAUUCGCGCGCGCGUGCGAGGGCGGCCAGAUCACGGGCGCGCAGCUGCUGUACGCGAGCGAGUCCACGCGAGAGCUUCGCGACAGCCUCGGUUUGAAGUCGCCGUCGAAGCGCGUGUGGUUCGAGCGGUUCCUCGCGGAGGCGAACGAAGGCGGCGGCGUGGACGACGACGACGAGGACGAGGAGGACGAGGACGACGAUGUCAACGUCAGUUCCUCGGACGACGGAGACGACGACGACGACGGCGGCUCGUCGGGGGACGACGCGCGAGGGUCCGCGCCCCCGACCGCUGGUCCAGCGUCCAAGCUAACGCGCGCGGCGCUCGACGAGACCGCGCGCGCGGCGCUCGACGCGCUCGACGCGGCGCCGCCGGGCGCGGCCGGGGGACUGUUUAGCGACGAGUGGCUGCGGAGAGUCGCGCCGUGCUUCGACGCGACGAUGGGCGCGGAGAACUUGGGCACGUUUCUGUACGGGCUGGUUCGGUUCUUGAAGCCACAAUCCAUUCUCGAGAUCGGCGGCGGGUACACCUCCGUGUUCAUGCUGCAAGCGUUGGCGGAUAAUGAUUUGGAGAUGGAGGCGACGAAGUCGAAGAUGGACGUCGACGGCGUCGUCUCGGGAUUGCCGCCGGAUUGGUACGGGAACAAAGGGUUGCGUGUACACGAAUGGUUUAAGUUAAGGCGACACUACUAUGGGGAGAACCCAACGCUGCAUUGCGUGGACGACAUGAGCCAUUCGCACUGCACCGCCAGGUCGGUGAUGCGUGUCGCGAAGUCUCUCUGUCUGGACAAGCAUUUGAAUGUGCACGUGAAAAACGCGUGGCGGAAAGGGCCAGUGUUAGAGAAAAUAGUUUUCGCUGACCUCCUGUGGGUGGACUUUGGCGUCGGCAAUCGACUGAGUGAGUUCCUGGAGAUGUACUGGAAGUGCCUGCAUAAUGGAUCAUACAUCGUGAUUCACUCCACGGUGACGAACAAAGUGACGCGCGAGUGGUUGGAGCGCGUCCGAAAGUUGAAUGGCGGCGAGGGGAGCGUUUUCCCGAGCUUCGGGAAGAAAGGCUCGUCGACCGAGGGCCAACGGGUGCAUCACGUGUCGUUCUGGGAGCCGCACAAGUCAUACCAGAACUCGUUCACGGUGCUACAGAAGCGGGUCGAGGGUCUGACCCCUGAACCCAUUUACUCGGAACACGCGUAG